AUGGCCUACCACCAGCACACACAAUCUCGCUACGGGCACUGCGACUCUUACUUUACAGAAUCACACGAUGACGGUAUCUACGUUCUUCGUGCUGAGCAGAGGGAGCGUCAGCGCAGUAUCGCAAAGAUGCAACAACGGGCCAUCGCAGAGGAACUUUCAAGACAAACUGCCGAUGAGUACCAGGAAGAAAUUAUGGAGCACAUGAUGCAUAUGGAGUCACAAACACUGCCAGAUGUCAACUCAAUUGACAUCCAGACAGAGAUCCAGUGGUUCAUGCGCCCCUACCUCCUUGACUUCCUCGUCGAGGCUCACGCCGCUUUCCAGCUUCUGCCCGAGACACUCUUCCUUGCUGUCAACCUUCUCGACCGCUACUGCUCUCGCCGCGUCGUCUACAAGCGCCACUACCAGCUCGUUGGCUGCGCCGCGCUCCUCAUUGCCGCUAAGUACGGCGACAAGAAGGAUCGAGUACCAACCGUUCGGGAACUGAAGUCGAUGUGCUGCUCGCUCUACGAUGAUGAGAUGUUCACCCAGAUGGAAUGGCACGUUCUGCAGACCCUGAACUGGGUCGUUGGACAUGCCACCGUGGACGCCUUCCUCCAGAUCGCCCUCGCUGAAGGCCCGUACGAUGCCGAAGUCGAGCACAUGACCCUUUACAUCGCGGAGAUUGCCCUGUUCCAUAAGGAGUUCGUAUCCACACCACCAUCGGUCCUUGCUCGAUCCGCACUGGCCCUCGCCAGGUGUGUGCUCACACGUUCUCAAGCCAAGCCUACAGAGUGGGCUGGUGCUUACGAUGCCCAGACCGUUAUGGGCUUGUCAAACCACCUUUACCAGCCAUCACCUGUCCUCUCCAGGAAGUACGCCUCAACACACCUCUCCAAUGUUGUCGCAACUGUCGACGAGUUCCUCCAGCAACAGGCACGCAAUGCACAGAGGGCAACGGCCUCGCCACCGACACCUCCACCCACACUCACUAUCGAGGAGCCCAAGCACAACGUCAACGACUACCCCGCGACACCCCAGAAGAUUGCAUAUGGUGCCAUCAUGAACAACGGAUGCCUUACGCCACCCAUCACACCCGACGGCGAGGGGCAAUUCGCUGGACACGUUGUCAAGUCGCAACCAGCCAACAUGUACCCAUCGACACCGACCUCAGAGUUGCCACCCAACGUGCCGCAUCAGCAAUACUUUCACAACUCAUACCUGCACCCCCAGCAUAUGUAA